AUGGGACUUUUCAACAAUGAUGGGAAAAGCAACCACACAUGUCCCAUACCUAAGUCAUUUGCUAUCGUUGCUGAUCAAGAUAUACUUCCGAGCAUGUCCUUCUAUAGCCUCAACAUGAUAAUCUCUGGAGCGUGUACAGCUUUUGUUUGCGUUGCAAUAUUCAUUUUGAUGUUUUGGCACGCCAUUCAUUUGAGCAAGCCAAGAGAGCAAAUCAAAAUCCUCAAAAUCUGCUUUUUGAUUCCUCUCUACACGAUAACAUCAUUUCUUUCAAUAUGUUAUCCGCAUGCUUUUGUUUAUCUCACGCCCUGGUUGGAUCUUUUCCAGGCGGUCGCGUUGGGGUCGUUCUUCCUUCUGUUGUGCGAAUUCAUCGCGAGGGAUAGUCAGGCCAAUGUAGACGUGUUCUUUGUUGCUUUUCAACCACCGCAAAAGAAGGGGAACAAGGCACCUUUGACAGGAUUGGAAUGGUUCCGUAAACAAUGGAUUGCAAUUUUCCAAUACCCAGUUGUUGCACUUCUGACAAGCCUCGCUACCGACUUUACUCAGGUUGCGGGGGUCUAUUGUCUGGAUAGUAACAAAGUGUACUUUGCGCAUCUUUGGUUGACCAUUAUCACUUCGGUCUCGAUCGCAUUCGCUGUCAUCUCAGUUCUUACCUUCUACCGAACUCUGAAAUCUCACCUCGCCAGUCAUAAGCCUCUUUCGAAGCUCCUCGCAUUUAAAUUAAUUGUCGGUCUAACAUUCCUGGAAAGAAUUAUUUUCACCAUCCUGCGCUCUACCAAUGUUCUCAAAUCCACGUCAACAUUGAGUUACGCCGAUGUCAACAUUGGAAUUCCCAACCUCGUCAUCUGCCUACACAUGGUACCAUUUUCGAUAUUUUUCCACUACGCCUAUAAUGUAGGGCCAUACAAGCUUACAAACGGAAUUCAGGUCUCCGACCCUAGUCUACAAGAAUCUGCAGCUGGUGGUUACCAGAAACCCACCCAAGGUAGCAUCCCACGGGGAUAUGAAGGAGGACCCUUGGGUGUGCGCGCUUGGAUUGGGCUCUUCAAUCCGAUGGAAAUUAUUCGUGCGAUAAAGUUCGGAUUAGGUAUGGCACAAGCAUUUAGAAGACAUGAUAUCGUGACUACUGGAAGCCAAAGUGAAUUUGGACCCAAUAUGAGUCCCGAGCACAUGCCCUCGACAGCCUACGGACAUGGUUAUGCGACAUAUGAGCGGCUAUUGAUCCCGAAUGAGCAGGGAAUGCGCUGA